AUGGCUCUUCCAUAUCUCAAGUCCAUUGAGGACUGCGGCGAGUACGCAAGGGCUGUUGAGCCGUAUAUUCCCCAGCUUUAUGCUCUCCCUCGGCAGUUUCUCGACAACAUCGCCAGCCCAGACGGGCUAAGGCAGUUGUAUGUUGACACGAACCCGCUCAUCUCAGGUUUCGCAAUCUCUGUCGCCCUUACUAUUCCCUUUCUCGUCGUCUCGGAGAUCAACAGAAACUACUCUCAGGUUGACCGCAUGUGGUCUAUUCUCCCCAAUCUUUACGUUGUCCAUCUUUCCAUCUGGGCACGUCUUGCUGGUGUCUCUUCUUCGCGAGUCGAUCUGGUUUCCUUGGCUACAACUCUUUGGAGUUGCCGUUUGACCUACAAUUACUGGCGCAAAGGUGGCUAUGAGAAGGGUUCUGAAGAUUAUCGAUGGGCCAUUCUGCAAAAAUAUGUGCCAAGACCCAUCUGGUUCAUCUUCAACGUCACGUUCAUCUCAUUCUACCAGAGCAUUUUGCUCUUCAGUUUCUCAUGCGUUCCCGCUUAUGCCAUCCUGCUCUCUACCAAGUUUGAGGAAAAUGUGACCCCUGCCGACAUCUUGUUCUUUCUCACCAUGGUCGGUCUAAUCUACAGCGAGUGGGUUAGCGAUGGUCAGCAAUGGGAUUUCCACGCGGCCAAGCACAGGUAUCAGGCCGAGGCCAAGGUUCCUCGGGAGUUCAGCUACACCCAAGCUGAUCUUGACCGAGGCUUCAACACCUCGGGACUCUGGGCGUACAGCAGACAUCCCAAUUUCGCCGCUGAGCAGCUUGUCUGGUUUGUCCUGUACCAGUGGAGCUGCUAUGCAACCAAGAACCUCUACAGCUACACACUUGCCGGUUCUGCCGCUUUGAUUAUGCUUUUCCAGGGUUCAACUUGGCUCACUGAGCUUAUCACAGUGGGAAAGUACUCCGAGUAUCCAAAGUACCAGAAGCAGGUUGGCAUGUUCUUGCCCAAGUCUCUUCAGCCAUACAAGACACCUCCACCCAAGGUCAUUCGAACCAGCGACCUUGCAAAGAACGAAAGCAAGAAGGAAGCUUAA